AUGUCUGUCUACCAAAGACUACGUGCCCGCCAGGCUCACGCCCCCGGAGCCACAUAUCUUGCCUACACACCCAACGGCAAGAAACUCGUCACGGCAGGAAUCGACAACUACUGUCGAGUGUUUAGUACUGGGUCAGAUGACGAGCCCAUCACUGUAGACGAUUGUCAGGAGAAUAAUAACGCUGUGGUCGCUGGUAAUGAUUUUUUCAUUACCGGUUCCGAAGAUGGAACAGUGAGCAAGUACUCAUUAGAAAAUGGCAAGUUUGAGGAGAUACUUGUCAGGACCACAUUGCCUGUACGAGAUGUGGCGAUCAGCCCCAAUCGUAACUGGAUUGCGGUUGCGAGCGAUGAACUUGUCGUUAAUGUAGUGAGCACCAAAGAUAUGACACAAGUAAGAACCCUCCGCGAGCAACCCCGGGCUGUGAAGCAUGUCUCCUUCGACAAAACGGGCAAUCAAUUGGCGGUAUCUUGCACCGAUGGCAACAUCUACAUGUACAAUCUAUCCGAAGACCAACCGGAGAUGAUAAAGAAAGUGGAUGGCGGUAUGAUCAAGAGCUUGGAGACAGACUCAGAGUCCAGCUCGAAAGUGCUGUGGCAUCCCGAUGGCCGUGCCUUUGCGACGCCGACACCAUUGCGGCAGAUGCAGGUCAUGUCGACAAGCGACUGGGAAAGACAACGCAUAUUCAAGACAGGGCAUUCCGCUGACAUCACCGCGGCGGCUUGGUCCCCGAAUGGCGCGCUGUUGGCAACGACGAGCAGCGAUCUGACAUUGUGUCUAUGGGACACGCAAACGCAACGGCAAUUGAAGAGGUGGGAUGAUGUUAGGGCGACAAUCUUGGCGAUGGCAUGGCAUCCUACGGAGAAUAUAUUGUCGUAUACGAAUAACGAAGGCGAGCUGUUCAUACAUACCGACUUUGUACCCGAAGAGCAUAUUGCAUUACUGCAGAAGCCCACGGUAUCAGCGCCUUUCUUUCACGACCCCUCGGAAGGCCGAGCAGGCAUUCCCCUAGCACAACAACCCAUCAAUGGUGCAAAACAUGUCUUGCCGGGACGACCAAGGCAAAGAGAAGGCACGCCCGAUUCUUUGGACGACCUCCUCGGCCCCGAAUUCUCGGACACAGAGGCUGGCGACGAUGGCGAUGCUGAUAUGCAGGACUUCGUCGUCGACGAUGACGGCGCAGGCUAUGCCAUUGGCCAAGCAGGACUCAAGAAACGACCGAAUGGUCAUCUUGGCACAGCCAAUGAACCCGCCUACAAACGCCGAGCCUAUAAUUCCACUUCACUCUUCAAUCCUCGUGUCCACGAAUCCUUCCAGCCAGGCAGCACCCCUUGGCGAGGACAACGACGUCUGCUCUGCUGCUCUCUCACUGGAUAUGUUGAGACGGUGGAGCAAGAAGGCAGACAUCACACUGUCAGCGUGAAAUUCUAUGACGAGCACACGUUUCGAAAUUUUCAUUUUACCGAUGUUUUCCUCUACGACAAGGCCUCGCUCAAUGAGAACGGGACACUCUUUUCCUGCCAGCCAAACAGUACCGGAGAGGGGAAUCCAGCAAUGCUAUACUACCGUCCUCAUGAAACUUGGACUAGCAGAACCGACUGGCGGACCAACUUACCCUUGGGGGAAAGCGUGACAGCAAUUGCCUUGUCAGAUUCAUAUAUUUGUGUUACUACCUCUACGAACUAUGUACGGAUAUAUUCAUUGUAUGGGCUGCCAGUUAGGGUCUACCGACAAAAGAGUAGUCCGGCAGUGACAUGUGCCGCAUACCGCGACUACAUCCUCACCAUUGGCAACGGACCCGUAACCAGCGAUCUAAGCACGCAACUGCUGUACACGAUUGAAAAUGUCAAGCACGACAUUGUGUACCAGGACGCCGACAUCCUGGCCCUGCCACCCAACACGACACUCACAAGCGUCUUCUUUUCCGCAGAGGGUGACCCCUACAUCUACGAUUCCUCCGGUGUCUUGCUCACGCUGCUAGGCUGGCGGGAACGGGGCCAGGCACGCUGGGUACCCAUGCUGGACACAAAGUGUCUUGCCCGCCUCGCCGGUGGCGGAAAAGAAGAAACCUACUGGCCCGUCGGCGUGGCAGGCACCGGCUCAGACGCCGACGGCGUAAAAUUUCAUUGCAUGAUUAUCAAGGGCAAGGAACAGUACCCCAGCGCCCCAGUACCGCAUUUGACGGAAUUCGGGUUCGAGAUUCCCCUUGUUAGUGCGGUAGAUAGGCAGAAGAGUCUCAAGGGGGAGAAGGGUACGAUGGAUGAGAUGAGUGAAGACAACGACGACGACGACAACCAUGGAAACGGGACCGCGAACGUGGAGAACAAACAACAACCACAUGAACAGACAUACAUUCUCGCUUCCACACUCCACUCGCAACUCUCCUCUACGCUUGCGCACACGCGGCCUACGAGCUCGCAGAAGCAAGCCCUGGCGGCGCUCGAGGUGGCGGUCGACCGUGCGCUGUUGCAGUUGCUGGGCCUCGAGUGUUUGGCAGGCGAGGACCAUGGGAUGAAGGCAUUGGAAAUUGUGAGUAUGAUGCGGGAUGCCAAUGGCAAGAUGUUGGACUUGGCGGGCAAGGUGGCGAGUCGCUAUGGGAGAGAGGUGUUGGGCGAGAAGAUUCGGGAGUUGGCGGAACGCAAGGCGUUGGCGAGGGGGGAUGAGGAUGAGGAAUUUUAG